UCAUCUUUGUCAAGACUGAAUGAGCUAGUACAGUUUAAUGAGAUUGACUAUUAUUUCAAGCUAGAAAAAGAGGAAGGCCUGCCUCACGAUAAAGUCUUUACAGUGUCCCUUACACUGGGAACAGAAACAUAUAUAGGUGAAGGUAAAAGUCUGAAAAAGGCCAAGCAAAAUGUAGCAGCUAUAGCGUUACAUGAGACGAGGUAUGAAACACCCCCUGUGAAGGAACCAUCAGAAAAUGAAGAGUCAUUAACUCCUACGGUAAUGUUAAAUAAUCUUGGGGCAAAACUUGGAAUAGGGAUCACUUACUAUUUAAUUGACAAGGAGAAGCAGCAUAUACUCAACUCCAACCUAGUUGUUAGUGAAAAUUCCAAAAAAUCCUAUGUUCAAAAACUGAAUGACUCCAUUUAUUCGAAUAAAAACCUACGAAUGAAAAAAGAUAUUGAAAAUACCAAAGGACCUUUUAAAAUAAAGGUUCAAGUAGGAGAUCAAGUUUUUUCUGGCUAUGCCCAUUCAAUACAAGCAGCAAGACAUCACGCUGCAUCUAAUGCCUUGGAUUUCUUGAUAAAAAAUAAGGAUAGUCUUGAUCUGGAUUGUCUUAAAGAAGGUUCAGAAGAGCAAUGCAAAAAAGCCAAACAAAACUUGAAGUCGCCAGUAUCUUUAGUUUAUGAGUCAGCACAGAUGCGAAAACUUGAUGUAGAGUUUGAAAUAAUUAAAGAAUUUGGCCCUCCUCACAAGAAAACAUUCGUUACAGAAUGUAGAGUGGGUCAUUUGACAACAACAGGAGAGGGAAGGUCAAAAAAGGCAUCUAAGAAAGCUGCUGCUGAAGACAUGUUAGAGAAAAUGUCAGAGUUAGAACCGAUACCUCAAGAAGUGCAAGUUAAAAGUAUGCUUAAAGAUAAAAAGAAGAAAAAUAAGAAGAAGAAGAUCAUUAAAAAUAAGUUGGAUGAAAUAAGCAUGACUGUUGGAAAUGUGAUAGACUCUGUGGUGGGAUUUGGCAAAGACAUUCUGGCUGAUAAGAAGGGUGAUGACAAAACCGACAAAAAUUCGUCAGACGGUCCUAAAUCCAAGAAAAGCAAGAAGUCGGAAAAUUUAAAGCAAACCUAUCAAGACCAACUUCUGGAAAUGAGUAAUGCUCUGAAUUUUGAAAUAUCUUACGCAGAUUUUGAAGAAGGAAGUAAACAUUUUUCCCUCCUCUCGUUGCACAUCAAUCCUGAAUAUUUGUGUUUUGGAGAGGGAUCCAAUAAAAUGCAAUCGCGAAAUAAAGCUGCAGAUAAGGGUUUGGAUUUAUUGGGCAAAAUGGGUUUAUUUGAUAUUUUGAAUGAUCAGAAAACUGUUCCUUUGGAAAGGGAUACCAAAGAAGCAGUACAUCAUGUUCUGGAACAUCACAUAUCUCAAGAUAAAGAUGAACUGUAAAAAUUUUUGUUUUUUGUUGAACACCAAAAUUUUUGUUUUUUGUUGAACACCAAAAUUUUUGUUUUAUGUUGAACACUAAUUUUUUUUAAAGUUUUUGCACUUUUUGACUUCGUUUUGUACUGAAUGUAAAAAGUAUUGUUUGAAGUAAACUUUGAUUUUCAUAAUG